GACAAAAAAACAAUACCCAGUUUGGACUGACCCUAUACCACCUUCUAUAACCAACCACAGAGCCAAGAUGAGAGUCGAGGUGCCCAUAUUCCUCUUUCUGGCCGCAACAGGAUUCCAUGCUGUUCUCGCUGCAUCCCUGGAAUUGGCAGAAAAAGAGGACACAUUUGCUGAGGAUGGUUUUUCACUUUUUCCAGUGGGGCUGGAGCAGCUAAGUGACCUGCAAAAGAGAGAUCAGGAGCAGUUCGAAGCAGCUCAAAUGAAUGAGGAUGCACAUAGUGAGGAUGUACGCUACUUGGAGGCUGUUCAAGAUGAAAAUACUGAGGAGAAUGACACUCAGGAGGAGGACAUGGCAGACAGAGACAGAGACAGAGACGUUGAAGCAGACGAAGAGGAGUCUGAGUCUGAUGAGGAAAUAGAUGAUGAGCUCAUUGAGGACAAAGCCAGAGACAAAGUGAGGACAAAGCCAGAGACAAAGCUUAGGUUGAGUGAGCCUGCAGGAGGCAUCAUGUGAGGAGGCAGAGCCUGCAGACCUCCCCCCACCUUCCAUUACAGAACCUGAAGAACACUGUGCAUCGGAAGAGUUUACUGUCAAUAAAGAGAAACAUCUCACCAUUAUAUUA